AUGGCUACAACGAUAAACGACCUCCCCGAGAACUGCAUCGCCACAAUUCUCUCCUUCCUCACUCCAGCGACCGUCGGUCGCGUCGCGUCAGUCUCAAAGCUCUGGCUAUCAGCGGCCAAGUCGAGCACCUGCUGGGACAAGCUCAUCGCAAAUGGCCUUCCAUCAUGCUUUCGCGAAACUCCCGCGGCGCUGGCGAAAGACGAGAGAGGCCUUCGUGAAGCUCUCGGCGAAGGCCUGAUGCUCGGCGACGGGCGUUACCACAUCCAGGUGGACCCUGCGACGUCGCUCAUCACCGUGAGCGUCAGCGUCGCUCAAGUCUUCGACAUUCUGUGGGAGGAUCGCGACCAGGAUCGCAUGCGCCGGCACGACAUCACCGGUGCGAUCUUCGACGACGCGGUGCAAGGAAUCGUCGUCCAUUGGCUGAGCACCUGCGGGAAGAUCGAUCUCCCGUUUAAACUCCACAGUGGAUACUAUCGCAUGUCGUGGCGCGUCGCACAGGAAGAGGGCGGGCCGCGGAGAUCUACAAGCCCGAAGCGCAGAUUUAUGCGGUCCCAGGAAGAGCCUUUGAUCAGUCAAGUGCGCGAUGCGACGAGUGGAUACGUGGAGCAGCACGAUCUUGACGGAAUCCGCCAGAUGAUUUCAACCACGCCCACGUGGACUCGCAUGCCCGCGGGGUUUUUGCGAGUUGGCGACGGGGGAGCUUCGGGUAACGCGUCGUCGCAAUUCGCGAACGUUCGCUUAAUUUCGACAUUGACGGAUAUUUCGCGACAACGGCGGAAGCGCGGUCUGUACCUGGACGCGUUCGUAUUGGAGCAGAUUUCUAUGUAA